CCCUCCCCCCAAAAAAGUUGGUUCUAGAUCCGCCCUUGGAUGCCAACAAUACUGAACGAGACAUCAAGAUUCACCCACACGACCUUCAAAAAAUCAUCUCCCUAUCCAUGCCUAUCACUAAAAAAUUAAGUGAUAGGCCUAAUUUUAUGUUUGUCCUUUCAAACUGACCUACAUUGUACUUUCAAUUUAUACAGUUUCACCAGCUGUCAUACAAUCGUGAAUAAAACAUUUACAGAUUAAGACAGUAAACAAUAUUAACAAAAAUUAACAUGUAUUAAAAAAUAAUAAUUAACUCAUUAACCCCAAAAGAAGGCUUUUAAGAAAUAGCACUGAAUAACUACAUGUAUAUAUGCCAAUUAAAACAAUCCAUAUAUUCUAGAAUUAUGAAAACUAUUAUACUUGUGAAUGUAUAACAUGUAAAAGUACCAGUAUUUUUACAAUUUGAACUGUGUAGGUCUCAGGAUGCUGGUUUUAUUUAGCCGUGUAUAUUGAACAUCUGGACAUUCUCCAACUUAAACCUCAACAGCGAAGGACAUUUUUGAGGUUGCGUGGACAGAAGUGGAAGACUGACCCUCCUCCAUCAUGUUGGCAGUCAUGGCAUUGUGCUUUCUGCUCAUCAAAGCAGCAACUUGUGAGAUGCAAGUGGGAUCCGACGGCAUCGAAAAGGCUAACUUGGGAUCCUACAUGCUGGAUUUGGCAUGCAACGAUGCUGGGACCGAAUGCAUGAAAUGCUUCACUGUUCACAAGUUCGGACGACCAUAUCUGUAUACGUUUAAAUUUUCCAAGGACCACUCCAUCAACUUUCAAAUCACUGUCACUACCGCGUUACAGAAUUACGAUUUGGCUUUUACGCAGGGAGAGGCCAAUGAACCAUUUGAUUUCUGCGGCUAUUUAGCCUCCACCUAUGAGAUGGAAAUACACAGUGCUUGGGAUGGCAAGUUGUGCGCACACAACAACUUCUCUGGUGUGUCUGUGCCAGCCGAAUGCGGCCAACCUGUAGCCUUGGUGUCAGUAGUGAACCACCUUGCAGACGAGGCGAUGCGGGGACAGCAGGUGCUCUACUGCAUGCCCAAAGGCUCAGAUUAACAGUCAGGUCCAUCACAAGUUAAACUACAUCACAAGACAAGGCCUCAAGUAACAAGAGACGAAUGAUGACAAUCAUCUCUGCUUAUAAAGACAACGUUAAACAUGUUAAAGACGUACUCUCCAUGUUCGUCGACAAAUUCCAUUUAUUGUUCUCCUGAAAAGUUUUUCAACUUGUGUGUUUCAUUAAUAGCUGUAACCCUCUAAAAAAUACUGCAAGUAUUGCAAUCCCCUGGCAUGCUGGAAGUAUAUACAAUCAGUUAUUAAGCAUACUUUUCAGCGUACCUAGCCAAAAUCAACAAUGACCUCAUUUGAUCCCUUCAUGACCUUUGACCUGAAAUGUCUCAAGUCAUCUCAAGUCAUCCUACCAAAAGAUUGUCAUUAAAUUUGGUUGAGAGUGAAGUGUGAGUUUCCAUGACAGCACUUUUCAGUUGACCUAACCAAAAUCAAUGACCUCAUCUGACCCUAGAUGACCUUAGACCUCAAAUGUCUCAAAUCAUCGGAAUCCCCCCUACACAAAGAUUAUCGUCCCCAAGUUUGGUCGAGAGUGAAGUCUGACUUUUCAUAUGACAGCACUAAACAGUUGACCUAACCAAAAUCAACACUGAUCUCAUUUGACCCGUAGAUGACCUUUUGACCUCAAAUGUCUCAAGUCAUCUGAGGUCCCCCACCCAACAAUUAUUGUCACCAAGUUUGGCUGACAAUGCAGUCUGACUUUUCAUACGACAGCACUAAACAGUUAACCUAACCAAAGUGGAACACACGGACCUGUGCUAGCACAUACAUGUACAUGUACCUGUCACACAGAAGGAAUACGCUAUUGCAACAUCCCCCUUUCUGGCUUAAAAGCCAGGGGGGAUAAAAAAGGUGAUUACUGUGGCUUGCAGAAAACAGAACGGUUGAUCUAGUUAUGUGUAGACUGGUUCCCGGUCCCUACAUUGCACAUUAUCGAUCCUGAUAGGGAGCAGAGGACUGAAUUAGCGUAUGGCCUUUGAAUUCAAAUUUUGUGAAAUGAUUAUUCCAUAACUCAACGUGGGCCACAGCUGAGUGCGUAUUGUGAAUUGAUCGGAAAAUAGCAAUUGGAAAUGAAAAUUUAAGUUUUGGUAGAGGAACUUGAAAUUCUAAAUUUCAAUUGAAUUUAGUUUUCAGGUGGAGGACAUUUGGUGGAGGAAUUUUUGUUUAAAAUUCUUUUCUUUCCAUAUUUAGCACCAAGCAAAAAAAAUGUUGCAUACUGUUUAAGUAUAGGCCAAUUAAUGCACCUUUAUUCUAGUUUGAAGCAGAUAUUUAAGUUAUUUAACUGGACGUGGAAUACAACUUCAUGAUUUCUUUACUUUUAAAUAUCGUACAAGGGGUCGUUCACUAAUAAAUGUGUUGCAAUGGUAAAAAUGAA